AUGCUGCACCACUGCGGCGGCCGGGACCCGCCGCUGGCUGGGCCGGUGCCGGAGAGCGGCAACACGGCGGCCUGGGUGGAGAUGCACCUGAAGGUCUCCCGCAAUCUGCGCGCCCUCUUCGCUGGGCACACCAGCUCGUUGCUGGAGUCCUGUGCCAUUGGCGCGGAUCGAGAGGCACGGGCCGCGCUGCUGGAGCUGAACCUCGAGGCCCUGGAGCAUCUUUCGACGCCUCCCUUCGGCGACGGCGCGAACCGCGCGGAUGUGGCGCAGGAGAGCUGCGGGCGGCUCAUGCGGCGGCGGCGGGCGCCCGCGCGCUGGCGGUGCCGCUGCACUGUCAGGAGUCUGGGAACUUGA